UCGCCCUCUUCCAAUGUCAUAUGAACCCUUCAUUCUGAUCAUCUCCAUCUUCUUGGCCAUCAAGCUUUGCCAAUGGAGGAAGCCCACGCUCCCGCCGGGUCCUUAUCCUUUCCCACUCAUAGGCAACUUGCACCAGAUCAAACCGAAUGUGGCCACGGCUCGCUGCUUUGCCGAGUGGUCAUGGCUUUACGGCCCUGUCAUGUCGGUUUGGCUCGGCUCCAAGCUGAGCAUCGUCGUGUCUAGUCCUGAGUUGGCCAAGGAAGUCCUCAAAGAUCAUGACCAGGUAUUGGCCAACAGGCACAGAAUGGAGUCUACAGUCAAGAUCACUAAAGAUGGCAAGGGGCUUGUAUGGGCCGAUUAUGGGCCACACUACGUGAAGCUCAGAAAAAUCUGUGUUCACGAGCUGUUCUCUGCAAGGAGAAUUGAAGCUCUGAGGCCCAUUAGAGAAGAUGAAGUCAGGAACAUGGUGGAGACCAUUUGCCGGGAUUGCACCGGGAAUGAAGGUCAGGGGAGGAGCUUGGUCGUUAGGAAGUACUUGAGCUCGGUCGCGUUUAAUUGCAUCUCGCGGCUCGUGUUUGGGAAGAAAUUCGUGACGACGGCGGGUGAGGCGACCGAGCAAGGGUCGGAGUUCAAGGAAAUAGUCGCUGAAGGGAACCGGCGAGGUGCGUCGCUUUCCUUGUUUGUCUCGGAGCAUGUCCGGUGGUUCGGUUGGGUUUUUCGGCCAGAUCAAGAGGAGUUGCGGAGGCAUGUUGCUCGGAGGGAUCGGCUCGUGCGAGCGAUCAUCGGAGAGGGCAGGCUGAAAGCCGAACAAGGCCGUGCUGCUGAGCAACACUUUGUGGACGCCUUGCUUGGUAUGCAAGAAAGCUAUGACCUCAGUGAGGAAACCGUGAUUGAGUUACUUUGGGACAUGAUCACUGCUGGCAUGGACACGAUUGCUAUCUCGGUUGAAUGGGCGAUGGCCGAGCUAAUCAAGAAUCCGCGAACGCAACGCAAGGUCCAAGAAGAACUGGACCGGGUUGUCGGGCUGGGUCUUUGGAUGACCGAAUCUGACCUCUCGAACCUCCCUUAUUUACAAUGUGUAGUCAAGGAGGCACUCAGAUUGCACCCUCCAACCCCAUUGAUGCUUCCUCACAAGGCCAGCGCCAACACCAAGAUUGGUCACCAUGACAUUCCAAAGGGCACUAUUGUAUCCAUAAAUCUGUGGGCCAUGGGCCGUGACCCGGAUCUUUGGCAAGACCCGCUAAAGUUCCGACCGGACCGGUUCCGUGAAGACAACAUCGAUGUAAAGGGUCAAGAUUUCAGGCUUUUGCCGUUCGGGUCGGGGAGACGGGUCUGUCCUGCAGCCCAGCUCAGCUUAAACUUGGUUGCAUCAAUGUUGUGCCAGCUACUACAUCACUUCUCCUGGGCCGGCGGGGAGGAGAUUGACAUGACGGAAAGCCCAGGAUUGGUAUGUUACAUGCAGAAACCUCUUCAGGCAAUACCAACCAUGAGGCUACCAGCAAAUUUGUAUGACAAAAGUUGUUAGCUAGUCAAUUGCAUAAUUUACUUGGUGAAAACCAUAUCGAAUCUACCCGAGUACUUUUGCGCUAUAGAAUAUUUAACAGGCAAUGUAAGUUCUACUUGCAUA